AAACCAAAAUAGCGCCACAACAAUACAUUCCCUCUUCUUUUCGUCUGUCUGUGUCUCUCUCUUUCUCUGUUUCUCUGCAACAAGUAAGCGAAAGCGAUCGAGUGAGAGUAUUGAGUUCAACGAUUGAGCGAGUGAUUUUCUCUGCAACGAUUGAGCGAGUGAUUUUCUGGGUUCUCUCUCUGUAACGACUGUGUGAAAUUUUGGGUUCUGAAAUCAAGAAUGGCGUGGUCUGCUAUAAAGCGCAGACAAUUGGAGGAUGGUUUUGGUUCCUUUGAGUUUCAGUUUCAGACCCAGAAGAGGAUAAGGUCUUCUAGGGUUUCUGAGACCCAACGGAAUGUAGCCGUUGAGGAAAAGUCGACCGUUGGUCUUCCUCUGCGCAAGGGUUUGGCUUCGUCUGCUACAAAAAAUGCCAACCCAGAAUCAGAAGAUCUGGGUUUUGAUGAAAUCUGUCAGACCCAGAAGAGGAAGAGGUCUUCUAGGGUUUCUGAGACCCAACGGAAUGUAGCCGUUGAGGAAAACUCGACUGUUGGUCUUCCUCUGUGCAUGGGUUUGGCUUCGUCUGCUACAAAAAAUGCCAACCCGGAAUCAGAAGAGGGUUUUGAUAAAAUCUGUCAAACCCAGAAGAGGAAAAGGUCUUCUGGGGUUUCUGAGACCCAACGGAAUGUAGCCGUUGAGGAAAAGUCGACCGUUGGUCUUCCUCUGCGCAAGGGUUUGGCUUCGUCUGCUAAAAAAAAUGCCAACCCGGAAUCAGAAGAGGGUUUUGAUGAAAUCUGUCAAACCCAGAAGAGGAAGAGGUCUUCUAGGGUUUCUAAGACCCAACGGAAGGAAAAGUCGACUGUUGGUCUUCCUCUGCGCAGAAUCAAAGGUUUGGCUUCGUCUGCUUCAAAAGAGACGUUGGAUUGUUCUAAGGUCUUGGAUUCUCUGAUGAACCUCGGCCAUGCGAGCUACUUCAACAAGCCUGUUGUUGAUCCUGUGGCUGAGAAUCUGCCGGGUUAUUUCGACGAAAUCUGGAGGCCGAUGGAUUUGGGUACUGUGAAAUCGAAAUUGGAGAGGGGUGUCUACUCCAGCGCUGCUGACUUUGCUGCUGAUAUCAGGCUUAUCUUCUCAAACGCUUUCAGAUAUUUCCCCCUUGGGAGUAGAAAUCGUGCAGCAGCCAAGCAUCUCAGUGGGGUUUUUGAGACCCAAUGGAAAGAAGCCGAGGAGAAAAUGUCAAAUGCUUGUCCUCCUCCUACUCCUCCUCUGCCCGAACGGAGACCAAAUGGCAAGAGCUCUUCUGCUUGUACGGUUCUUAUGCAAAGUCAAGGGGUUGUUGGGGUUUCUGAUUCUCACUCAGUUAAGUCAACCAAAGAUGACGACUUGGGCACCCUUGUUCAUCAAGCCAUGUAUCAGGCCACAGACAAUCUUUCUCCAUGUAAGGCUAGGCGAAUUCAGUCGCUCAAGAUGCGAUUUUCAGGUACAAUACGGAAAGCAAACAAGAUACUAAAGGGUCUACCUGAUUCUCCACCAAGGAGAAAAUUGAUGCAUCGGAUGGAGCAAAGGGAAACGGCUCGCCUUGCUAUUUUGAACAUGGAGAAGUCAGUCCAAUUUGAGGACCCUUUAAAGGAUCUCAAACAACUUGAGAUUCUGUGUGGCUGUGGCAGUGAAAAGGUCUACCUUGGAUUGCCUCUUAAGCAUUUGGGUUUGUACCUCAAGGAAGAUGACGAGUUGCAGGGUCAGGACGAGGAGGCGUUUCUGAAUGGAGAUUGGGAGGAAGGCGAGAUCUGCUGGCAGGAAGGCGAUUGGGAGGAAGGUGAGAUCCGCUCAUGAAGUACAGGUUAGAGUUUACAAGGAAAAUGAGGCAUAGGUUACAAGCCACCUUGCCUCUGUUAUUUGUUGUAUAUCGUAGUUGAUUAUAUACUACAGUAAUUCUGAUUUUUUAUUGUUGAGAUGCCAGAUUUGGAAUAUAACCCACUGCUCGACAAGAUAGAUGACUUAGAAGCUUGCUAUUAGGGAAUCUCUUUAAGUUUUACUUUCUAAUUUGUUAUAGAUGAGGUUUCCAAUGUGGAUAUAGUUGUAUCUGCCUGAUGCAAUCCUACACAUCCAGAUAUCUUGGAAAAAUUAGCAAAGUAUGCACUGUUAUGGUGCAUAUAAGAUAACAUGUGCGUAUGUUCCAGGAUAUAAUUUGUUAUAGAUGAGGUUUCCAAUGUGGAUAUCGUUUCUAAAAUGUUUUACUUCUUGGAACUUUUUCCAGGAUACAAUAGAAGAUAAAGUGUGUAUGUUCUGUUGUGUGUGUUUGUGUGUACUAUCCAUGUUCAUUGGCCAUAUACAUUAUACAUAUCAUUGUACGUGUCAGAUGAAGUGGACCAUUGUGCUCUCUCUCUCUACUCUUUGUAUUGUUUAUUUCGUUUUUUUUUGGUGCCAGUUUUUGUGUGAUUGCUAUUUGAUGGCUAAUGCAACUGAGAGCGAAUGGUUUGGGCAUGAGGGACAAAAGUACGUAAGUUUGCAAUAAAACUGAAAUCAAAUCACACGGAAGCUUGUCAAGAACUUGGAGACAAUUCCCCAUCUUCGCAGGUGCAUCAGCAGCAGCUUUUCUUUCCCUAUGAACGUAAACCAUAGAGAAAUUCCAAACUCCAGCUAAUCAGGUUUCUGCAUCUUUAAUCUGUUUUGAUUUAUUAAAGGAAUGAAAUGAUGAAUAAGUGUUUCGCAUCUGUACAAAUAAAAUGAUUUCUUGUAUAAGCUGUUCAGUUGCGAAAGUUGUUGCUAUAGAGUGUGUGCCCCACCCGUCUAACCCCAGCAUUGGCAUUUGCUUCAGUAACCCUGAUAAUCAGUUUGCAGUUCGCAUUGCUGUUGGAGUUGUGUGGCCUUCAUCAUCUCUUCAAUAAGGGUUAUAUCAUGGCUAUUUCAGAUGAGAUUUCCAAUGUGGAUAUAGUUGUCUCUGCCUGAUGCAAUCCCUGACAUCCAGAUAUCUUGGAAACAUUAGCAAAGUAUGUGCUUGUUCAUAAAGUUUAUUUUUCUUUGUUCUGAGUACAUUGCUUUCUGAGCUUAUCAUUGUGCUAGUUUUUCUUUCUUCCUUUUGGUUUAAUAAAGAAUGAUAAUGAUGCAAGCCAGAAUAUUUAGCAUCUUGAGCAACCAAUUAUUCCUUGUAAAAGAAUGUUAUUGCAUCUUUAUGUUGGUUUUGAUUUAAUAAGGAUUUCUUGUCAAAGAUGUUCAGUUGCAAAGGUUAUUGGCUGGUCAGGUCCCCACAAUUUUUUUUCCCUCUUGUACUGUCUCUUCACGUCAAUAAUGCCAUAAUAUGAAGGAAAACUAUGGAGUCUGGCCCCUUUUUUUAAACUCUGCAGUGGCAUUUGCUUCAGUGACUCUGAUAAUCAGGUACACCAUCUUCAUUUCUCCUUUAUAUUUAUGAAAUAACCCAAUCAGUGUUUUCUUUGUUUUUUCUUUUGUGGCUUAGAUUUCUCCCUCCUUUUUUGUUUCUUUUUCUGGGGUCUCAUUUAUGUUGCUGUCACUAUGGUUAUGUUUUAAAGAUUAAUGACAUUUCAUGCAACAAUUUACAGAGUGGCUACUGUUUAGGAAAUCUAUGCUACCAAUUUGUGUUCUUUGGUUUCAUCUUAUCAGAUGUUUUGAGCCUUGUUUCGGAAAUCUGUGGUAAAUAAAAUUUAGGUUUGUUUCAUACUAGUAUGAUUUUCACUGAGAACUUGGGUUGAUGAAGAAGAAAGGUUGUAAGUGAGUUUUAAAGUAUACUAACUACAUCUUAUGAGAUCUUGAUGUAGUUUGAGCAUUAUAUAUAGAUUAGAAUGCCCAGCAAACAGCAGUGAAUUUUUUUAUAUAAGAUGCCAUAUCUGGUAAAUAAAAUUGUAUACAGCUCUUGUUAGAGUUCAUUUGGUAUUGUAAUAUUUCACCUUUUCAAACGUUUUCUGUCAAUGUACAUGAGCACAAAUUUAAGUCCACUCAAAUUUUCUUUUAUUAUCAUCAAUGACUGAAAAUCAAAUAAACAGAAACCUUAGAAGUUCCACGUUUUAAACAAUCGCCAGAGCUGAUGAGGGCACUCCAAACAAUAAAAAUAGGAAACCAUUUUUAUUUGGACAUGUUAAACAGAUCCUUGGUUGGUUCUCAUCAUUUACAAAAAAAAAAAAACCAUGUACUUUCUGAAGUGCCUAAGCCUGCAGUGGGGCAGAUUUCUAAUGGGGAGCAGACGCAGUUUCUGUUACUGUUUGAUCUCUAAUUAUACUAUCCCUGCUCUAUAGUUUCUAACUGUUAUGUGUAUCAGAGUAGAAUAACUAGUAAGGUUGGCUUGGCACACCAUAAAUUUGACUUGGUUUACCCUUCCUACAGUCUAAAAACUUGUACAUUAAGCUUAUUUUUUAAAAUGUAUGGACUUUUGGGUUGUGUGUAGAUUGUUCUGAUUUUAGCAUUGUGUUAAUUGAUUUUGAUUCAAUUAUGCUCAGUAUAUGUCCUGGGCCCUUUUUCAGGUGAUAGAAGCAAGUCAGGCAUUUUAAGAGCUUCUUUUUCUUUAACUUUUAAUAGAAUUUUCUUUUCUUAACUACUGCUGUCAACUCUUUGGGUUCUGAUUUUCUGAUUGUCAUUGUAAGUCUUCUAAUUGAGCAUGAUAUUGUCUUUGUGUUUUGAUUUUCUGAUGGGUAUCGUGUUUACUCUGUCUUCUUUUGUUUUUACUAUAUCUUUUGUGCCUAAAUAUAUCUUGCUCUUUUUCCUCGUUGUUGGGUUAGUUUGUGACCUAGGUUUGUUUUCACUAGUAUUAUGUAUAAGAUCGUUUAAAAAUGUGUUUAAACACAUCUUUGGUUCCUAUUCUUCAUUGCUUGUUUAUCUUGUUUGAUGCUUGAGCUUUAUUUUCGGGUACUAAGAUGUUUGAGCCUUAUUUUUGGGUACUGAGAUGUUUGAACAAUAUAUUAAGGUUACCAUCCAAAUGUUUAUGUUUUCCUGAAAUAUACUCUUGAAGAAAUCUUUGGUCCCAAUUCUUCAUUGCUUGUUUUAUCUUGUAUGAUGGUGAACCUUAUUUUCAGGUGCAAAGAUGUUUGAACUCCAAGUUUUUCUUCUUCAAUUUUUGUUUUUGCAUGAUUUCAAUAUUGGUCGUAUUAAAAUAAAAGAAUUGACAUAUUGGCAGAAAAUAUGGGGAUAAAUGGACCUCAUAAGGAAAGAAACAAAGAUAAUAGAUUUACCUAUUCCAUUGUCUAAUUGAGAAUCGAGUGUCCCAUAAUGGACACUCAAUUUAAUCCUGUUUUUCUUUUUGGUUUUGGUCAAAAUCUUGUUGCAUACGGUUGGCCAAUGUUGAACCUUGUAAGUCCAAAUCAGACAUUGUGAAGUGGAGAAUUUUCUGUUUUCUGUUUCAUGCACUUACCUUACCCCAUACUAAUAUAAUUUUCAUAGGAUUGUGUGCACUACAUGAGAUCUUGAGGUAAUUGUGUGAGUACGUAAAUACAAUCCGAACAGAAACAGAUUAGUAAUUGAGUUGUAGUAUUUAGUUCUCUACUAGCUAGUUGUUACAUUAGUAGUGGAUCAUAAAUGGUCAGUUCUCUUCAAUAGUCUGGGGAAUAUAAGAUUCAAUUUUAUUAAGUAUUGUAUUGUUUCACAUGUUCUGAAAAUUUACAGAUGCCAUUUUCUUUUGAAAAAAGUUCUCUAUAUAUGUUAUGAGUUGGUGCUAUAAUGUUGAUAUGUUUCUGUUUCCUGACGGUUCAUCAGGGAAAUUGAAGUAUUUCUCAUAAUAUGUCCCUCUUGUGCUAUACCCCUUCGCGUCAAUAAUUUCAUAAUAUGAUGAAAACUAUGGACUGUGUGCCCCAUCGUCACUGUCAUUUGAUUCACUAUGUUUUCUUUGUUGUCUUUUGUGCCUUGGAUUACUCUCUUCCCCCGCCCCUCUUUUAAAGAUGAAUGACAUUUCAUGCAACAAUUUACAGAGUGGUUAACUGUUUUAGGAAAUCUAUGCUACCAAUUUGUGUUUGAUGGUUUCAUCUUGUCAGGUGUUUGAGCCUUGUUUAGGAAAUCUGUGGUAAAUAAAAUUUGUGUUUGUUAAUACAGACUUUGUGCCUUGUAGAGUCUUAUCCAAAUUGUAUACUAGUAUGAUUUUCACUGAGAACUUGGGUUGAUGAAGAAGACAGGUUAUAAUUUUUGAAGUAUACUAUCUGCAUCUUAUGAGAUCUUGAGGUAGUGUGAGCAUUAUAUUUAAGAUUAGAAUGCCCAACAGACAGCAGCUCUGGUUAGAGUUGAUUUAGUAUUGUAUUUGUUCACCCCAAAAAGGGUGGCUUUGUAUAUAUUUAUUGUUUUUGAUACAAACGAUAUUCUACUUUAAUCUAAUUUAAAC